GUUAACGCAGAGACACAUCACCUAGAUAUGUUCAAUUGUUUAUCAUAUAAGUUACUCACGAGAACUAAACAACAAACAGUAUCAUACAGAUUAAAAAAAACAUUAAUCAUCAACACUUCAAAGUUUCUUGUUGGAAUUUUUUCAAAGCUUCCAAUUUGAGUGUAGCUGACAAAAAUAUGAUGGAGGUUGUGAUUAUUGCUGUUGUUGCUACACUUGGGAAUCUACUUAAUGGAUGGGAAAGCUCAACCAUUGCAGGUGCUAUGACCUACAUCAAACAAGAAUUUGAAUUGGAGAAGGAUCCAACACUUGAAGGGUUGAUUGUGUCAAUGUCUUUUAUAACUGCAACUGUUGUUACCAUAUUUUCUGGAACAAUCUCUGAUAUGGUUGGAAGAAGACCUAUGUUGAUAACAUCUUCUGUUAUGUUUAUUAUUGGUGGUUUAAUAAUGUUAUGGGCUCCUAAUGUUACUGUUAUUCUCUUGUCAAGGAUAAUCAAAGGCGUUGCCAUUGCUCUUGCUGUUACUUUUAAUCCACUUUACAUAUCUGAGAUAGCACCACCUGAUAUAAGAGGACAGUUGAACACUCUUGCACAGUUUUCUUGUUCUGCUGGAAUGUUUUUGGCUUACAUUCUUGUCUUCUUCAUGUCCUUGAUGCCGUCGCCUAGUUGGAGAGUUAUGCUUAGUGCUAUUUCUAUUCCUUCUGUUGUUUAUUUUUUGCUCACUGUGUUUUAUCUUCCUGAGUCUCCUCGGUGGCUUGUAAGCAAAGGCCGAUUCCUUGAGGCUGAGAAAGUUUUGAAAAGACUUCGCUGCGUUGAUGAUGUCUCAGGGGAGAUGGCUUUGCUCGCGGAGGGUCUCCGUCCUGGGGGUGAAGACAUGUCCAUAGAAGAAUAUGUAGUUGCUCCGGCCAGUGAGAUCCUUGUCAACCAAGAAGCAGGAAAAGAUUAUAUAAAAUUAUAUGGACCUAAUGAUGAGGUGACAAUGGUUGCUCAACCUGUGAAUGGGCAAGGUAGCAUGCUAUUGAAUAGUAUGGUAUCUCAGCAUGGAAGCUUUGCAUCUCAAGCAACUGCUACUCUGAAAGAUCCUAUUGUCAACCUAUUUGGAAGUUUGCACGAGAGUACUCUCAUCGAGAACGGCCGUACAAACAGCAUGUUGAUUAACAAUGCUAAUAGUAUAUUUAGCACGAGAGAUCCAGAGUCUAGCCCGUUCGGUACAGGUGACAACCUACGUGCUCCAUUGAAUCCAUUUCACGGUGGUCCUGAUAGGGCUUAUGGAUCUAAGGAUAUGUUAGGUAUGAGAAGCCAUAGCAGUUUGGUUCAUGGAAAUGAUGUUGAAACACCUAGAAAUACGGACAUCGGUGGAGGUUGGCAAUUGGUUUACAAAUCAACUGAUGAUACAAUGGGUGGGAAAAGAGAAGGACUCCAGAGGGUUUAUUUGCACGCAGAUCCUUCUGCGGCUGCAGUGUCUCAGUCUCCGCAUAUUUCUUUUGUUUCAACUUCUGGCUAUGACAUACCUAUAGAUGGUGGCGAAGCUUUUCAGGCCGCUGGUAUAGUCAGCCGGUCAGUUCUUGGAACUAGUUAUGCGUUGAGUAUGCCAGAAGUCGUUGCAAAAGGUCCAAAGUGGAGAGCUCUUAUAGAACCAGGCGUCAAGCGUGCGUUAAUUGUUGGAAUAGGACUUCAAAUUCUUCAACAGGCUGCUGGCAUAAAUGGAUUUCUAUUCUAUGCUCCUCAGAUUCUUGAGCAGGCAGGAGUAGGAGCUCUUCUAUCAAAUUUAGGCAUCAGUUCAAUAUCUGCUUCUUUUCUUGUAAAUAUCAUUACAACAUUCUGUAUGCUUCCUUGUAUAGCUAUUUCCAUAAGGCUCAUGGAUGUUGCUGGCAGAAGGUCAAUCAUGCUGUACACAAUACCGAUUUUGAUAGUAUGUCUCCUAGUUCUAGUAAUGAAACAGUUUUUUCAACUGAGCCCAGUCCUAAAUGCAUCAAUUUCAGCUAUCAGUGUUGUGGUUUAUGAAAGUGUCUUCUGUAUGGGCCUUGGUAUUAUUCCCAGCAUUAUAUGUUCAGAAAUCUUCCCGACUAGUGUCCGCGGAAUCUGCAUUUCCCUUACUUCUCUUACAUAUUGGGCCUGCACAUUGGCUGUCACAUUGAUGUUCCCUUAUUUGCUACAACUUCUUGGUCUCAGCGGCGUCUUCGCUUUGUUUGUUGGUGGCUGCAUCAUUUCAUGGAUAUUUGUUUACAUGAAAGUUCCUGAAACAAAGGGUAUGCCUUUGGAAGUUAUUAUUGAGUUUUUUGCAAUUGGUGCAAAGCCGGGUACUGAUCCUGCAGAAUUAGGAAUGAAAGAUUAAUUAAUCUCUUAAUGAUAUGAAUAUGAUAAUGAUCAUCAUCAUAAAAAGAAGGAGUAUUAACCAUUGGUAAAUUUUGAAUAUGCCAAAAGCGAAAUUGAGAAGAUUUUGGUUGAAAGCUAAUGUAAUUUUUUCAGGUUUUAAUAGAAGUCAAUGUAUUCUAGUAACUUAUUAUUUUUACAUGCUCGAAUUAAAAAAGUUCAAUGGAUUUUAUUGAUUUGAAUAGUUGGUACAAGUUACAUUAUAGAGAUACAAAGAGACAGUCACCAUUUAGUGUGAUUUCAAGGACGUGAGCAAUCUACAAAGAGACAGUCACCUUCUCUAUCAAAACCUCCAUCUUUGCAAAUGAAUUUGUAUUACAAAUUUCACAGAUUUCAAUUCUAUGAAUGACUUCCUUUUUAAUUUUGUCAAUCGACAUUGCUCCAAAAUUAAGAU